UUAUCUUUUAACCCUAUGUUAUCUAAAUAUGUCAUCCACGGGUAUAUCAUAACAUCACUGUACCAUUGUGCACGUGGCCUUGUAAAGAAUAGCCGUAUCGCAAGACAUUUGUGUAAUUCUAAUAUUUGCUCUCUAAUUCUUACUCGUCUAUUAUUCAGCUUAGAAAGAAUGUACUCAUCAAAGAUGUCCAUCCCUCCGCCCAAAAUCCUUGAUCUUGAAUUCAAGGAGCCCUUAUUAUGUGGCCCUGGACCUUGCAACAUGUGGCCGUCGGUCCGUCAAGCUCUAACUAAACCCGUUGUUUCACCUUUGUGCGAAGAAUUCUUUAAGGCCUUAGAUGACAUUCGCGCUGGAAUUAAAUAUGUGUUCCAAACUAAGAGCAACCUGGUGCUGGCCAUUAGUGGGUCAGGUCAUUCGGGCAUGGAAACACUGAUCACCAACCUGGUCGGUCCCAAGGAAACCUUGCUUAUUGCUACAAGGGGCAUCUGGGACGAACGAGCAUACAAUGUCGCUAAUAGAUAUGGAAUCAAAACAAUUGUAUACCGAAUACCCUAUAAUACAACAUUUACAUUGGAGGAACUCGAAAAACAAGUGGAGUUGUAUCGUCCAACUGCCCUCUUCAUCACCCACGGCGAUUCAUCAACGGGCACCGUGCAAAAACUUGAGGGUCUUGGCGAUAUUUGUCACAAAUACGGUACACUGCUAUUGGUAGACACCGUGGUGUCUCUAGGAGGUGUGCCAUUUUUCAUGGACGCUUGGGGAGUGGACGCCGUGUAUACGUCCACACAGAAAGCACUAAGUGGGCCCGCUGGUAUAUCACCGGUGGCGUUUAGCGCUAGAGCGGAGGAGAAAAUAAAUAAUAAAAAGCAUAAGACGCCGUUCUAUUUCGAUAUCAAUUUGUUGGCCCAGCAGUGGAAUUGUUACGGGAAUACACGAUCUUAUCAUCACACGAUGUCUCCUCCACUUGUAUGGGCGCUGCGACAAUGUCUUCGGGAGCUAAGCAUGGAGACGUUAGAGAAAUCAUGGGAGAGACACGCUAAGGUAUCAAGACACUUCUACGAGCGGCUCCAGCGGCUCCCUCUGGAGUUCCUCGUGCCAAAUCCUGAAUACCGCCUCGCCACCGUUACUACUUUAGUACUACCUAACGGUUACAACUACAACGAUGUCGUCAAAUAUCUUAGAGAAAAGCAUAACAUCAUAAUAUUCCCUGGCCUAGGACCAACGGCUGGGAAAUCUUUGCGAAUAGGCAUCAUGGGUGUGAACUCUACUGAGGCGGUGGCGGAUGCCGUUGCCGACGCUCUGGUUGACGCACUACAAAUGUUGAUCAAGUCAUCCCUAUAAUAUACCAUUGAUAUUAAUCCAAUUUGUGAUAAAACCUUUCGUUCUAGACACUGUAUGAACUCUUUUUAAUACUUUUUUUUGCACCAAAUGUACAAUAUUCGUGUAUUAUAUUAAUAAAAUAUAUUAUGCCACA